CAGUGCACGAACUCUAGAGAACGAGACCAACUCUGAUCUCUUUGCUUCUGCUUUAUUCAUGGAUGCUAACCUGGGAUUGUACUUUCACUGCAUGACGACCUACUUCUUGAAGAUCCAGUGCUGAGGUCUAUAUGAAGUGCAUGGACCCACUUGAAGAAUUCUUCAUUCUUUUGUGAAAAAUUUCUCUUUGAGUUUUAAUCUAUAUAGCCUAUUGACCUAGGCAAUGCAAAAGGGUUUCUGUCUCUGGAUUGUUCAUGCUUGGACAGCCAUGACAACCUUUUGCAAGUUAAAUCACUUUUGAGAUUAAGUACUAGGGCGCAUUUGGACCAGCACCAGCACCUGGAGUACCAGGACAGUUUGGAUUCUCCUCUGUAGACUUGAGCUGGUGCUUCGGGUCAUUUAAAGGGAGAUCUCUUCAAGGUAUGGUUCUGGACCCUCUGCGCUCAGGAGCGGUUCCAAGGCUCCUACAGUCUGCAUCUUUCUUAUUGGGUGGAAAAUUGACAUUGGAAGGAGAUGAGAACCUUAUUCUGCUGCUUUCUGCUCCUCACCUCGCACCUUCUGCUGGCAACUGCUGAGAAGGAGUUUGCAAUCCCUCAGGAUUUCAUCGACAGACUGUCCCACAGCGAAAUCAACAGCAUCAGCGACCUCCAGCGGCUACUGGAGGUAAAUUCCCCAGGUCCUGGAAAUGAGGUGAUUGAGGAGGUCAAACAGAAGCACCAUCAGAAGAGCCAUCAUUCAUAUAAGGCCACUUCCUCAGAUCUCAAGAGUCUGCAGCUGUCCCACAGACGGAAGAGGAGUGUCGUAGAGGAAGCGGUGCCCGCCAUGUGCAAGACACGGACAGUGAUCUACGAGAUCCCCCGCAGUCAAGUGGAUCCCACCGCUGCAAACUUCCUAAUAUGGCCUCCGUGUGUGGAGGUGAAACGCUGUACAGGCUGCUGCAACACCGGCAACAUGCGCUGUCACCCCUCCAAAAAACAGCACCGUACUGUCAAGGUGGCGAAGGUAGAGUUUGCAUCGCGUAAGAAAGCAAAAUUGAAGGAGGUGCUUGUCCGGUUAGAGGAUCAUUUGGAAUGCGUGUGCACAUCACAGCAUCACGUGAUCGAGCAUGCGGAAGCAGACACAGGCCCACGCACAGUUAAAAAUGGUAAAAAACGGAAACACAGAAAGCAAGCAGUGGCAGUACAGAUCAACAAGGAUAUUCAAUAAAUGGCAAACAUUUCCUAACACUCAGCGGACCAAAAUAUCCUGCAGUGGACAUGAGGUGAAACCACAUCAAGCGAGCGAUUGAAGGACAACAGUGGCUAAGUAAUGCUCCAGCAGCACUGGGACUUUGACCUCUGAACUCUGACCCUAUUGACCCCAUUGCUGUUCAAAAAAUAUACUGUAUCCAGAGGAACAUUAUACAAAACACAACACCAAAGGUGCUUUCUACAUACUCUGUCAAACACUGAAGACAAACAAGAUUGGUAUUCAGUUAAUUAUUAAGUGGUCAAACACUGGGCGGAAACGAAACUGAAAAGGACGAUGUUUGUGUCGAUUCUCUGUUGUUUAUGUAUACGACUCUCCUAAAGGUCAAAGAUGAGGAGAAAGUCUUUUGGAGAACACUAAAUUUGUAGAGACCAUGAACCUCACAUGCUUGUGUUUGGAUCCACUCAAGCAGGAGUCUGGAUGCCCCUGAAGGAUGGACUAAUCAGUGGACUUUAAUCCUCAUUCAAAAAGAGGAUGAACAUAUUAAAGGAUGUGCUGUCAUAUAACCUAGCUAAAAUGGAAGACACAAUUUUCUGUUGUUCUCUGCCUUAGUCCUCUUGGGCCCAGGACAUUUAAACUGCUAUUUCCAAUGUGCCUCUAGAAAGUUUUGUCCUUCCGAUGAGUUCAACUGCCUGUCCGUGAACAAAGACUUACAGAAGGCAGUGUAAUGCAGUCAUUAUGCCAGAAUAAAGUAUUUAUGUAUGCGAUCUGUCUUUCUCACACUCUCCAUUUCUCAAUCCAAUGUAAGAACAGCUAAUCUUCAUUGAUCUGGAAGUAUUAUCAGCAACAUUUUCUUAAUAUUUCAAUUCAUUCUUGCUUAUAUUUUACAGCUUAUCUCAAAACUAGGUUUUUGUCCUGGAAAUAUGUGUCAUAGGAAGACAUGUAAGAGACAGUUGUGGAAAGAUGCUUUAUUUUUGUUAAAAAAUAUAUUUAUAAUGCUAAUGUAGAAUCAAGCAGAAAGUAUGUUUAUGUAUUAUGUUUUCUGUUAUUGUGGUGUAAUGGUUGUAUGAUGGGAUGAGAUGACCCUCUGAGAGUAAAUGCUAUACAGUAUCAACAGGUUGGCCAUCACAAAAGCAUCAUUAGUCAUAAAAUGUUGGUUCAUAAUUUGCUUCUUUACUUACCAUAACAUAAUAUUUAAUGCCAACAUACAAAGAGAGACAAAGAUCAUUCAAAUAGUCAAUAAACACUUACU